CUCCGGUGGGAGACAGUGGUGUGUCCACCUGUCAUCUGAUAUUGGUGGUGAGGGGUAUCUGGGAGGAUGUAGCAAACAUGGCUGUGCAGUGGGCCUUGAAGGAUGGAAGCCACUUCCUGAGGAUGGUCAACUGGCAAGACAGGAGCCUCGGUCGCUGAUGACACUACCAAGAUGCUGUAUCAGCCCAGGAUGGCCUCCCUCCCCUGAACUUCUUUUAGGCUAAUAACCCACACCAUGGAUAACUUAUUGGACUUUGCCUGAAAGGAGUCAUUAGUGCCAUUGGAUAUUUGACCAUCCUGGCCACAGGUUUUUUCAGAAUGAAUGGAAGGUCAUGCAGCAUGAGUCUCCACCGGACAUCAGGAACCCCACAGGGGCCCGGGAUGGUCAGUGGCCAAUACAUUCCUCCCAUCCGAGCCCACUCUGGGACUCCUGGUCCCUCGUCCUGUGGCAGCACAGCGAGCCCUGCCAUCGGAAGCCUUGCUAACAGCCUUCAUCUCAAGAUGCCCUCGGGAGGAGGGAUGGCUCCUCAGAGCAACAUGGCCGAGAGCCCCCUCCAUCUGCCUGCCUUGAGCCCCAGGAGACAAGUACUCACCAAUGGGAAGCCACGAUUCCAGGUCACCCAGGCUGGAGGCAUGUCAGGGCCACACAAUUUAAAGCCAAAGCAGCAGGAGUUUGGAAGUCCUUUUCCUCCAAAUCCUGGGAAAGGGGCUCUUGGCUUUGGGCCUCAGUGCAAGUCCAUUGGAAAAGGCAGCUGCAACAAUCUAGUGGUCACCAGCAGUCCCAUGAUGGUUCAGCGACUGGGACCCAAUUCACCUCCAGCAAGCCAGGUCUCUACAGCAUGCAACCAGAUCAGUCCUAGCUUACAGAGGGCAAUGAAUGCUGCCAACCUGAAUAUACCUCCUUCAGAUACCAGGUCCCUUAUUUCUCGCGAGUCUUUGGCGUCCACGACUUUGAGUCUCACAGAGAGUCAGUCAGCCUUGAGCGUGAAACAAGAGUGGUCCCAUGGCUACAGGGCUCUCCCGUCACUCUCCUCCAGCCACAGCUCCCAGAACGGCACUGAUCUAGGGGACCUCCUUAGCCUUCCUCCCGGGACAGCCGUGUCCAGCAAUAGCGUCUCUAACUCACUGCCGUCCUACCUUUUCAGCAUGGAAAACAGCCACUCUCCUUACCCCAGUCCCCGGCACUCAUCGGCCAGGUCCCACUCAGCCCGCGCCAAGAAGAGAGCGCUGUCCUUGUCCCCGCUGUCUGAUGGCAUUGGGAUAGACUUCAAUACCAUCAUCCGCACCUCGCCCACCUCACUGGUCGCCUACAUCAACGGGUCGAGGGCUUCCCCGGCCACCAUGUCCCCGCAGCCCGAGGUCUACGGGCAUUUCCUGGGGGUGCGUGGCAGCUGCAUUCCCCAGCCGUGCUCGGUGCCGGGCAGCCAGAAGGGCGUGCGGGUGGCCAGCAGUGGCCUGGUGCUCCCAGCCUACGGCGAGGGCGGCGUGCUGGAGUGUGAGCGCAUGCAGCAGCUGGAGCAUGGAGGCCUCCAGCCAGGGCUGGUCCACAACAUGGUGGUGCAGCAUGGCCUGCCCAGCCACGACGGCCAGCCGGGCGGCCUGCUGAAGACGGAGCGCCUCGAUGAUUUCCCGGGCGGUGCCCUGGACCUGCCCCCUGCGCCCCCUCUGCCCCCUCUGCCGCCAGCCCCCCAGGGCCCCCCGCCCCCCUACCACUCCCACCCCCAUCUGCACCACCAGGAGCUAGUGGCCCGUGCCCAGCCGCUGGCCCUUCCCCAGGAGGCCCUGGAGGAGGACGGGGAGAUGGAGGACGUUGGGGGCAAACACUGCUGUCGCUGGAUCGACUGCAGCGCCCUGUAUGACCAGCAGGAGGAACUUGUGCGGCACAUCGAGAAGGUUCACAUAGACCAGCGCAAAGGGGAAGACUUCACUUGCUUCUGGGCCGGCUGUCCUCGGAGGUACAAGCCGUUCAACGCGCGGUAUAAACUGCUCAUCCACAUGCGAGUCCACUCCGGGGAGAAGCCCAACAAGUGCACGGUGAGUCUCCCGCUGAGGUUCUUAGGCUUUCGUCAGAGGUGCGUGGCGUCUUCCACACUUGGCCACAGAUCAGGGACAUUCUCUUCUUUUAUGGGAUUCGGACCCAUGGGGGUCUAG